UGCCUUAUCGUGCGAUAUCGGCACGAGCAACGCGCUCACAUUAAGCGCAUGCGGUGUUGCAGCGGCAACUUUUGUCGGCCGACGCCCGGCUGUCCACCCACGGGCGAUCAGCAGCAGCAGCGGCCUCUGCAGCCGAGGCGAUUCUACACCGGCGACAUAUCGGACGCGUACGACGAGACGUGCAACUUCUGGAACUUCCUGGACCAAGAACUGGAGCCCAAGCAAGACAUAAAGGUCGAGCCGAGGUCUCCCUGCUGGCCCGAGGCUGACUCUACUUCGUGCUCUCCGUACGGCACGGCUGGCUCGUACUGCCCACCGGCGGCGAGCCUCGAGCAUCAGGAGAGUUUCCGAUACGACGAACCAAGAGCGCCUGUCAACGUGGACUCCUCCACGAUGACGAGCUGCUGCUACUACGAGCUCCAGCCGCUACAGCCGCCGCCACCACCGCCUCCACAGACGAACACCCACAGGGACUCGCUGAUGUGCUCCUCGCCCAAUCACUGGCCGAUGGACCUGUCUGUACGGCUGGGCGCCACUGAUCCGUACUACCCCUGCCAGUACCCGACUCCGCAAAGGCUCCACUCCGCCGAUGUAGACUGGAACCAGCAGCCUCAGCAGCAGCAGCAUCAGUUCGUCGAUAAUGGCGCCGCUCGAGUACCGUCCAUGAGCCGACGCACUUCGUUUUCGGCCUUUGACGACGGGCUCAAAUCAACCGCCGGAGGCUUCUACUCGAACCAGGCCUGGCACGGACAAGAAGGCAUGGUUUCUCCCGUCUCCAGUGAUGCUCCCGAGGUGCCGCUCUCUCCGACCGGCGCUUUCCUGAAGCGCUUCCCAUACGUCGGUCCACGAGACGAUCUCAUGGCAACGUCACUUCCGCCCGCGCCACCGCCGACGCCGUUGCCCGCGCUGCCCUCAAACACGUCGCCUCAUCUAGCUUCGGGAUCUCAAGCGCCGGACGGCUCCAGGAUCUACUAUCGUAACGGUUCCCCGACGGAAGCUUGCAGUCAAGCGUCCAAUGGCGCACAGAGCCGAGCCUACCAAGGGCCUCCGUCGCCGCCAGCGACCAUGACGACGCUGCUGUCCGCUGUCCAACAGAAGCAGCAGCAAGUGAGUGCCAGUGUCGCUGCCUACCACCAGAGGCCACGCAGCAUGUACGAGAGGUCCUUCGUGCAAGUGCAGAAGAGCACCAGGGUUCGACCGGCGGCGCUCACCACGCACACCCUGGUCACCCUGAGCCCUCGCUCCUCCGCCGGGACUCCGACGGCCACGAGCUACGCGCCGCGCUUCGUCGGGACCCCAACGUAUUACAACGCUUUCAAGCCUCUGCCUACGGUCAACCAGGUGUCUCCCCGGCCCGGUACGAUCACCGUUUCUACCGCUUCUCAUCCUUCGUCGAGCCCGCAGCAGCAGGCAGUGCAAGCGACUGGCGAGGGUCAUCAGCAGCCGCAGCCGCAUCAGCAACAGUUUCGCUUUCCCAAGUCCCACCUUACCCUGUUGCUGACGCCUACCGUCAGGCACGGCACCCUGCCUGCGGUACCCGGUAUCAACCUGCCCGCCGCGGCCCCUGCCUCCAUUCUGAUCCACUCGCAACCCGCCGGACAGUUCCGAUACCCGUUGGCCGCAGCCACCGGACUGGCCCAGGUCGGUCGCUUCCAGACUACGCAGGCCUCCACAUCCACUUCGGCGAUGCCCGACUCGGCGACCAAGCCCCGCAAGACAGCUGCCGAACGGUCUCACCCGGCUGUCAACUACGCGCUGCGUUCUCUGAAGAUUGGACCUUUCCUGCUGCAAGCGGACGACCCUGAGACGAACCUGGGCUACAAGUUCAAAAUCAUCUUCAGUAAGAGGCGCUUUAUGUACGAGUUCGAGAGCUUGCCAUCCUCUGAGGACGGUGGUAUGCGGCUGUCCUGCGUCAUCGUGCCCUUCCAGUCGCUGCAGUCGCUGCGCUGCGAGGAUGACUACAUCCUUAUCCAGGUACAUUCGAGACCCGUCAUGUUCCUGGGCCGGCGCACCACCCCUUCGAGCAAGAAAGGCAGCGGCGCCAGCGCCACAGGCACGUCGUCCCUCUCCGAUCACCUGGAGCUCCAUCCCGUGCACAAGAUUCAGCUGAACACCACCGACGUGGUUCGGAUCCGCCACCUGCUGUGGGAGUUCAACCCGCGCUUUCACGAGCUCAUGCUGCGACGAAUCAGCGACGUCGACACCAAGCUUGACGAGCCCCUUCCUCCGUACGGGGCACCUGGUAGAGCCGCCUGGCGACACGAGGUGGCCAAGGCCAACAAGGCUGCCAAGAAGACCCCCGUGGGUCGACGCCGCGGCAUGGUGGCCCGGAACAGGGCUGUGGUCGCUGCAGCAGGACAUCCCGGCGCCACAGCUGCCGGUCGUCUGGCGGGGGCGUCGUCGCUGGUGCCCUUCUCGGUGUCCUCGACGGAGUCGGGUGCGCCGUCGAGUUCCUCCACGUGCGCAUGCCGCGUCAGCUGCCGCGUGGCGCGUUGCUCGUGCGCCAAGGCCCGCACCCGCUGCGACCCAGCCCGCUGCGCCUGCCUGGCCUGUGACAACCCCUUGAACCUGCUGGAGGCCGUGGGCAUACCACUCCGUGAUGCCCAGGCGGACCCGUGCCUUAUGCAAGCAGUCUUCCAGGUGUCGGACCUACCGUGGUACCUGUGCCAGCAGGUGCGCCUCAACUGUUGCCCGGAAUCCGUGAUGGUGCGAGAGUGCAUCCCGGGCCCCAUGCCGUGCCCGCGGUGUGGACACGCUGCACAAUACUCGUGGUGCGCCAACACGCUCUUCCACGGCUCCACCAACCACUGCGCGGUGUGUGUGCGAUGCAACCUUUUCGCCGGCGAGCACUGCCAGGUCUGCAACUGCUGCUACUACUACAGCGGCAACAACAAGAACUGUCCCCGAUGUCGGCGCGCUGAGGGAAUGCAGAUCGUUCAGAGGCAGGCGUCGGAGACGGCGGCUGCGGCGACCGUGAAGACGGUGCAGGUGCUGACCAUCCAGACCUUUGCCGGAAACCAGCAGAAAACUCAGGCGGAGAAGUCGCGAUCUCCGACCGUACUGCCGGCGAUUGAAGCACCCCCUCCACAGACUCCAGUACUGGACGCUGCACAGGCCCCCGAGAGCGCGGCCCUAGUCGUGGAGGAGCCGCAAGAUUCCAACGCCGAUCCGGAACUCGUGGUCCAAGAGGUUGUGCCAGCAGUCUCUGACAAUGGCGGCGCUGACGAACCCGUUGUGACUGGCGUAAUCGCAGCGGAUGACAAGGCGGAAGUAAUCUGCGUCAAAAGCGAACCCGAGGACAGAGACGGCGCUGCUCCGCUCGUCGUCGACAUUUAAUUUAAAGAUACAGGUGCACGGCACGUGUAUCAAGAAAGGGAUUACUAAUGGGUGCCCAAUAGUAGACGCCCAAUAGUAAUUGCUUGAACAAGCUGCCCUUCAAUUUGCACCUGGAAAUAGCUCAUUGAAAUAGUUUAUGUCGUAAGGAUAAUGUUGGCUGCUCAGAACCGUUCACGUCUCGUUGGCAGUUAUUUUAGGUUGUUCUCUGGCGCUACGUGUUUUGAGAAGGAACUUGAACUUGAAAAGGGAUGUCAGAGCGAGGCCUUCGAGAUAAGCGGCGUACUUUACUAAAGCAUAGGGUACUGCGAGAAUUCGGCUCUGAAAGUGUAUCCGAGGAUAGAAUGGCGGCCACGUUAAACCCAGAAAC